CAAAUAAGCACAGUUCAAGGGAAGAAGAUGACAUGGUGGGUGUAAGCUGUUUACAAGGAAAGCUGGAUUUAAAAACAACAACCAGCCCUCCACCUCUGCCCCGUGGUCUGGGGAUAUUAAAACACGAGCAGCCAGGUGGUACCAGCUCGAGCAGGGCGCUCGAGUCACCAAACGGGAUCCAGGACUCACAGAUGCAGAGAAAACCCAGGUCAUGCUGAAUAAAAAAGUCACGAAGAAUAAAAGUUUUGUUCAGCACAGACCUGGCAUUGACCAGACCAAACCGGGUCUGCGGCGGGGCUGCAGCACCGGGAUCGCGCACAAGCACAGUCCCCUCUAACUCUGAGCCCGUACCCGAGCGCAGGGUUAGGGUUGUAUUGAAGGUCAUCCAAAAGCCAGCUUGAACAAGUGAGCCUUCAGCUGCUUUUUAAAGGAGACCACUGAGUCCACUGAUCUCAGGCUCAGGGGGAGAGAGGUCCAGAGUCUGGGGGCCACAGCAGCAGAUGAUCUGUCCGUAGUAUUUUAAUAUAGUUUAUUAGUAUUAGUAUUAGUAUUUUAAGUAGUUUAAUAGUAACCGUUUACUAUUUAAAAGCAGCAAGGAUCGCAGUGAAAUGUAGCGGGCAGGCGUCUCCACUCAGAGUAGCCUUUAGCUCAUCAGUCCUGAAAGGCAUGAACCCUGUGUCUUUGAACAUAGGCUGUUCAGGGAUCUAUCCAGUGGUGAGAGAAGAAUUAUUAAUCACUUUUACACAUCCCAGAAUGUCCCCAAAACUAACUCACUGCAUUUCUGUUUUAAUUGUUUUUUGCUUUAUGGUUAAAUAUUAAUCAACAUUUAGAUCUAUGCUGUAAUCCUGGGUGGAAUUCUGAAAGUGAGUUAGCACCGUUAGAAGAAGGUUAGCAUCGUUAGAAGAAGGUUAGCAUCGUUAGAAGAAGGUUAGCAUCGUUAGAAGAAGGUUAGCAUCGUUAGAAGAAGGUUAGCAUCGUUAGAAGAAGGUUAGCACCGUUAGAAGAAGGUUAGCAUCGUUAGAAGAAGGUUAGCAUCGUUAGAAGAAGGUUAGCAUCGUUAGAAGAAGGUUAGCAUCGUUUUCGCCAGACAGAAUCACGGGAAUGUGAAGAGCCGAGGAUUUUAGAGAGUCUGUUCCUCGACAACAUGAACAAGAUGAAGAACUUUAAGAGACGGUUCUCUUUGUCAGUCCCGCGCACUGAAACCAUCGAGGAGAAUGAGUUCACUGAGCAGAUCAACCAGCUCAACAUGAGGCACACACAAGGCUUGACUCCAGACACACUCGGUCCUCCGUCCCUCGAUGCUAGCCCGGUGAGUCCUGAAGCCACCACACCAGGAGCGCGGUCUCCCUCCAGUCUCCGCUACCACAGCCAGGCUCCACUCAGGCGCUUCUCCAUGGAAGAUGUGAGUAAGCACAUGUCGCUGCCCAUGGACAUCCGCCUGCCUCCAGAGUUCCUGAAGAAGCUGCAGCAGGACAGUGACAACUCAUCCUUCUGCAAACCUGUCAGCCGCAUGUCCAGACGCGCUUCACUAUCUGACAUCGGAUUUGGGAAACUGGAGACGUACGUGAAGCUUGGAAAACUAGGUGAGGUAUGUGACUGCCAGUCGCUCAUACCUUUGAUCAGGGUCAUCACAGGGUCGUCGGCGCCAGCUAAUACCCAAUCCACAGAGGAGCUACACUCCCCGACUGAAACUAAAACAAACCUCAUCAGUUAGAAACAAGGUGGAUUCAUCUGAACACGUUUAAUCGAGUCAUCAUUAACCGGAUAAACCGACUGCUAGUCUCCACUCACAGGAGACGUGUAGUCAGGUUAAUUCAGUGUUUCUGAAUAGCAUGGUCUCAGAGACCAGCAGGCUGUCAAACCUCGAUCGCUGGUUUGAUUUUGUAUGACAGGGGCUCCAGUUUUGUAAUUCAGUCCAUCCAUUUGUUUCAUCUGAAUGCCCAGAAUGGUUACUUAGACAAAGAAAGUAGUCCACGUGUCACUUUAUCCUGGAACAGGAGCACAUUACCUGGAGGUGUUCUCAGGAGAGGUGACACAUCAUCACCCUGGUGUAGUCUGGGUCAUUCAGCAGGCUCUCACCAGCAGUGUUGGCCAAGUUACUUCAAAACUGUAAUGCAUUACUUAUUACUUAUUACCCUCAUUUUAAAGUAAUUCAUUACAUUACAAUAUUACUGAUUUUAAAAUGUAAGGCAUUACACUACUUUUGCAUUACUUUAAGUAACUUUCACCAAAACAACUUCAGUAUGAAUCUGGUCAUGUGACGCUCAGUGAGCUCAUGACAUAUAUGUGGAAGGUGAUGUGGUGUCUGAGCUAGGGUUGCUGUUAAAAACAGUCAGAUAUAAUAACAGUGCUUUAACAUGAUUGUUUAUUAAAUAAAAGCAACAACAAUCUGUACUCUCAGCACGCUGCCAUCUUAGAUUAACUGAGCAGGGAGUGAGGUGAUGGGGGCUCCAAGCCUAUGUUUGCCUUGGUCCCCAAAUGCCUUGAUACGGCCCUGGAUGUGGGACUGACUUCUGGGGUGAUCUGAUUCUAUCACAUGUAUAAAUAUUAAAUGCUUAUAUAUUAUUGAUUUUCACUGGUAAACAUGUGUAUUGGGGAGAAAUCUACCUACUUUUUUCUUUUCAAGCACUUUGUUUUGUUUUCUUGGUUUUGAAUAACUUCCGGCCCUUUCUCUCUCUAACCUUCCUGCAUGCUGCAUGUUUUCUCCGUCUUCCAGAAAAACCGUUUCCUAGAUUUCCUACUUUCUAACUAAUCAGCCAAAGGGAUCUACGGAAGACAAAAAUAAAUAAAUAAAUAAAAC